GCCGCACGACGGUACAGCGAUUUUACAGAGUGUAUUAACUUCAUCCGAGUUUCAUCUACACCGGUAAACGUAGUCUGUGCGAGUUAGUUUAUACCAAAAACGAUAACAAGAUGGUCUCAAAGCUGUUUGUUUCCGUGUUUGUGCUCAUGGCCGUGGUCAGUGUGUCGUUCUCCGCGACCGAAGAAGACGAUGCUGCAAAGGUCGUGAACAAGAAAGAAGACGAUGCUGCAAAGGUCGUGGACAAAGAAGAAGACCAUCAUCCGGUCGUCCGAGAGGACCUCAAGAAAUUUUUGUCAAUGUUGGAGAAAAUCGACGUAGACCAGAUGUUGAACAACCACAGGUUGAUGUCGAACAACGUCAAAUGUUUUCUGAACGAAGGACCGUGUACGGCCCAACUGAGGGAAAUGAAAAAAAUGUUACCUGCACUGGUCAAAGAUAGUUGCGCGUCAUGUACCAAAGUGCAAAAAAACAUUAUCAAAAAAUCCAUGGAGGCGAUUCAAGCUCGACGUCCAAAUGAGUACAAACAAGUUAGCAAAUUUUUUGACCCGGAGGGAAAAUACCAGAAGAAAUUCUUAGAAAACUUGAACACAGAUUAGAUUUUUAAAAAUAAACCUGGGACAUGAUAAUUCAGAUAUUUUUACAACGAGGUUCCCAGCUGGAUGUAACCGUCUAUAAUUAAAUAAAUUAUUGUGAUUUGAUUAUCUAAUGGAAUAUAGGUAUUAUUAUUUUUGUUAUUAUUAUAUACUAGUAUGUAGGUUAUAUGAAAUGAAACAGCUUAUAAUUAUAAUAUUUACAAUAUAAUAUUGGAAUUAUUACUAAAAUAAAAUAUAUUUUUUUGUUUUUAUUGGGUAACCCGCGGCAACAUGGGCCAUUGGGUGUGGGGGAGGGCACUGUAAGUUUUUAAAUUGGGUAGGUUGGUACACGUGUGUGUUUUGUUUUGGUAGAAUUUCUAAUGGGGCACCCGUAGGUUUCUGCCGUGCCCCGGGGGUUGGGGGAUGGCGGCACUUGUUCUCUGGACACCGUGACUUGCCCGAAGAAAAAUGCCGCCCGCGGCUAAGGUAUCGAACUCGGGUCGGCUGCGUCGCAGCCGACGGCUUAGUCCGCUCGGCCACUCCGUCCCCCUAAAAUACAUUUAAAACAACUCUUAUCGUGGGUUUUAUUGUGUUUGACAAUAAUAAUUAUAUAUUUCUGUUUAUAAAUACUUGGAAUUUACAUUGUAUGUAAGUCGACAAAAGUGUAAAAUAAUAUUUUAUAAUAUUAUAAUUCUUUUUAAGUACCUACUCGUAAAAUAAUAUUAUUUUUAACCAAUAUAAUAGCUAAUCCAAUGUAAAAAGUCUUAAAAAUAAUCAUAAUAUUGUUUAAUUCAUUGUUGCAAUACAUUUUGAUUAGGUUUUUUUUAAAUUGUAAAUACUUGAUUUUAAUAUUUACAUACAUUGAAAAAUGUUAAGUUUU